AUGGCUCGUUGCAUGGCGCAUGGCUCGUUGCAUGGCGCAUGGCUCGGUGCAUGGCGCAUGGCUCGUUGCAUGGCGCAUGGCUCGUUGCAUGGCGCAUGGCUCGUUGCAUGGCGCAUGGUUCGUUGCAUGGCGCAUGGCUCGUUGCAUGGCGCAUGGCUCGUCGCAUGGCGCAUGGCUCGUCGCAUGGCGCAUGGCUCGUCGCAUGGCGCAUGGCUCGUCGCAUGGCGCAUGGCUCGUCGCAUGGCGCAUGGCUCGUUGCAUGGCGCAUGGCUCGUCGCAUGGCGCAUGGCUCGUUGCAUGGCGCAUGGCUCGUUGCAUGGCGCAUGGCUCGUUGCAUGGCGCAUGGCUCGUUGCAUGGCGCAUGGCUCGCUGCAUGGCGCAUGGCUCGUUGCAUGGCGCAUGGCUCGUCGCAUGGCGCAUGGCUCGUCGCAUGGCGCAUGGCUCGUCGCAUGGCGCAUGGCUCCUUGCAUGGCGCAUGGCUCGUCGCAUGGCGCAUGGCUCGUCGCAUGGCGCAUGGCUCGUUGCAUGGCGCAUGGCUCCUUGCAUGGCGCAUGGCUCGUCGCAUGGCGCAUGGCUCGUUGCAUGGCGCAUGGCUCGUUGCAUGGCGCAUGGCUCGUUGCAUGGCGCAUGGCUCGUUGCAUGGCGCAUGGCUCGCACAAAGGACACACGCAUGGCCCUGCCCUGCCGCUCACGCUGGUGGCGGGGAAGAGGGCGGCAGUGGCGGAGCAGCUUCUGGCGGAGCAGGAUGAGUCGCGCUCCCAGCUCAAUGCAUGGUGGGUGCCAUGGGUGGGUGCCAUGGGUGGGUGCCAUGGGUGGGUGCCAUGGGGGGUGCCAUGGGUGGGUGCCAUGGGUGGGUGCCAUGGGUGGGUGCCAUGGGUGGGUGCCAUGGGUGGGUGCAUCCUCCAUUUCUACACCACCAUACCCCACCAUGCAUGCACCACUAUACCACCAUACCAUGCACCACCAUACCAUGCACCACCAUACCAUUCACCACCAUACCGUGCACCACCAUAG